UCUCCUCGGCUCUCCCCCACCUCCCCUCCCCUUCCCCAGCCCCUUUCCCCUCCUCCCCUCGCUCCUUAAACGGGAUUCCGGCUGGGCGAGCCGCCGGACGGCAUCACCGGGCAUCCCGCGGCGCGGAGCCCCGGAGGCUCUGGCAGGUCCCCGCUGUCCCUCCCCGCACACACACGCUCAGCCCGGCCCGGAAAGCAGGAAAAAAAUAAUUUACAAGGUUUCCCCCUUUCCCUGACCUCCUCGCCCGUGACUCUCGAGUGGAAAAAAAUCUCCCGCGGGAGCGAAGAGGGGGGAUUGUUAAAAAGCCGGUGAAGGGGCAGAGCCGCUCCGUGGGGAGGGCACCCCCGGGCAGCCCCCGCCACCCCGGGGAGGGGGGGGGGGGGAUGAGGUAGAGGCCGGCGGCGGAGCGCCCGCCGGGCGCCGUGGCCGCGGAGGGCAUGAGGCGGCGAGCGGCGGGGAUGGGCUCCAGCGCGCGGUGUUAGAGCCCGGCAGCAGCCAAGGUCUGAGAGGACAGUAGCCUGUGCUGUACAGUGGGAUCUGGUUUUCAAAAUGGAAUUGCAGCUGGCGCUCCUUUUUGCAGGGAUAAUUGCAUUUUCGGACUCGGCGAGAGGCCCCCCAAGGAUCGCUGAUAAAGUGAUUCACCGCCAGUCUGUGAGGCUGGGCAGGACCAUCAAGCUCCUGUGCCCGGUGGAAGGUGACCCCCCGCCCCUCACCAUGUGGAUGAAGGAUGGACGGACAAUCCACAGCGGCUGGACGAGGUUCCGAAUCCUCCAGCAAGGGCUGAAAAUCAAGGAGGUGGAGAGCGAAGACGCGGGGACCUACAUCUGCAAGGCCACCAACGGCUUCGGCAGCACCAACGUGAACUACACCCUCAUCGUCAUUGAUGAUGCCAGCUCAGGAAAGGACAGCCAGGUGCCUGAAGGCUCCAACGGAGAAUAUGAAGAUCAUUCUGGGAAGCAGUGGGCCCGGCCCAGGUUCACUCAGCCUACCAAGAUGAGACGGAGAGUGAUCGCCCGCCCCGUUGGCAGCUCCAUCCGCCUCAAGUGCGUGGCCAGCGGCAACCCCAGGCCUGACAUCACAUGGCUGAAGGACAACAAGCCCCUCACUCCCCAGGAGAUUGGGGAGAACAAGAAGAAGAAGUGGACGUUGAACCUGAAGAACCUGAAGCCGGAGGACAGCGGGAAGUACACCUGCCGGGUGUUUAACAAAGUUGGAGAAAUCAAUGCAACGUACAAAGUUGAAGUGAUCCAGAGGACAAGGUCCAAGCCCAUCCUGACAGGGACACACCCUGUCAACACGACGGUGGACUAUGGUGGGACCACAUCCUUCCAGUGCAAAGUGCGCAGCGACGUCAAACCCGUCAUCCAGUGGCUGAAGAGGGUGGAGUACGGCACAGAGAGCAAGUACAACUCCACCAUCGAUGUCGGGGGGCAGAAGUUCGUCGUGCUGCCCACAGGGGAGGUCUGGUCCCGCCCAGAUGGUUCCUACCUGAACAAACUGAUGAUUACUCGAGCCAAGGAGGAGGAUGCAGGGAUGUACAUUUGCCUCGGGGCAAACACCAUGGGCUACAGCUUCCGCAGUGCUUUUCUCACAGUUCUGCCAGAUCCCAAGCCUCCCAGUGCACCUGUGCCCCCUUCCUCUGCCAGCAGCCUGCCCUGGCCUGUGAUCAUCGGCAUCCCUGCUGGAGCUGUCUUCAUCUUUGGGACGAUCCUGCUGUGGCUGUGCCAGUCCAAGAAGAAGCCCUGCUCCCCUCCAGCUGCUGCCCCCGUGCACCGGCCGCAGCCCCGGGACAGGAUCUGUGUCUCCCAGGUCCCCGACAAGGACUGCAUCUCCUCCAUAAACUACGAGGAAUACGUUGCCCAGCAGCAGCAUUUACUGUCCCAGGGGCCUGCCCUGGCCCCUGCCAUGGCCUCCAAAAUGUACCCAAAGAUCUACACGGACAUCCACACCCACACCCACUCACACGUGGAGGGCAAAGUGCACCAGCACCAACACAUCCAGUACCAGUGCUAAGGGUUGGCCCCGUGUACUGUGGCUCAUCUGGGCUUUUCCUUGUGGUACCUCAGCAGAGACUGCUCCGAGUCAGCUCGCACUGCCAGCAACAGGCAAAGCAGACAGAAAAGAUUAUAUAUGUAAUUUUAAAUAUAUAUAUACAUAUAUAUAUGAUUGUAUAUGCGUGUGU